GCUACGCUCAAAGCACUUUUAACUUUUGUUGUGUACGGACGUGUUUAUUUAAUCGCUUGCGUUCUUCACUACACAAAAAAAAAGAAAUAUAUAUAUAUUCCCAAUUGUGAUAAACAUUCCAUUGGCCAGAGUGCAACGAUAAGUUUUUGACCAAGCAACGCGCCCUGUAAACCCGUUUCCAGCCCAAAAUCCAACAGCAACAAAAACAACUACAAAUAUUAACAUGUCUUCGAAUCGUGCUCCCAAGAGUGGCUUUGCGGCCGAAGCGCAGCGUAAGAUCAACUCAAAGUACAGCGAGGAGCUCGCUCAGGAGUCCUUGGAAUGGAUUAAGGCUGUGACAGCGGAACCGAUCAACACAUCCGGUGAUACGGACAAUUUCUUUGAGGUGCUCAAGGAUGGCGUGAUCCUGUGCAAAUUGGCCAAUGCUUUGCAGCCUGGUUGCAUCAAGAAGGUGAAUGAGAGCAAAAUGGCCUUCAAGUGCAUGGAGAAUAUAUCGGCGUUCCUCGAGUGCGCCAAGAACUUUGGUGUGCCCACACAGGAGACAUUCCAAAGUGUCGAUCUCUGGGAGCGUCAGAAUCUCAACUCUGUCGUCAUCUGCUUGCAAUCGUUGGGCCGCAAGGCAUCGAACUUCAACAAGCCAUCGAUUGGUCCCAAGGAGGCGGACAAGAAUGUGCGCAAUUUCAGCGAUGAGCAACUCCGUGCCGGCCAAAAUGUCAUCUCCCUGCAGUACGGUUCCAACAAGGGUGCUACCCAAUCGGGCAUUAACUUUGGCAACACCAGACACAUGUAGACACUAAACUACAUACAAUAUAUUCAACAACUUCCUCAUAUUCACAUUCCGCAAAAUAAAGCCAAAACCAAAAUUCCCAACAUCUUCCGAAAAAUCCCUGAAUAGACAUUCCGUAAAAAAUCAAAACUCUUAUAUUAUGUAAUGAUGAUGUAUUUAUAAAACGAGCUUCUACUAUUUGUAUUCCAAUUUACCAGGCGUAUGCUGUAUGUAAUAACAUAAACUAUUCUUAAUUAUUAAUAUUAUUAAGUACUCAAAAAAGUACGAAUGAGUUUUUUUUAGAAUAAUUCAUUCUAUUUUCAACAAGCAAACAUGCAAUUUAUUUACACAUAGCAUUUUUUGACACAAUUAUUAAUAAUGAAUAUUACAUAUGUAUAAAUUCAACUCAAAUUAGCACUCAAUUUUUGUGCCAUUUAUACUGAAAGAUCACGAAUUGCCUUGUGAUUACUCCAAGUAACGAACUAUUCAAAUUUGAACUCAUAGAGUAAAAGUAACGGUUACCAACGAACCACCUGAAUUUCAAACAAUCAAUACCUGCAUAUUUAAACAGAAACAGACGAAAGCCAAUAAAUACUUAGAACAUGUAUUACCACA